CUAUCCAAUGUGUCCACCCCCUCCAAUUCACCAAGUCCCUCCCACUGUCGCAGUCCAGUGUCCCCACCGUUCUCACCAGAGACGCCUCUUUUCCUCUUCUUCUCCCCUCCUACUUUUUCUUCGAUUCCCCCUCUUCCGUUUUUCUCUCCCACUCUCGUGAUCAUCAUCCAUCUCCAACACGCAACCCAACGCGCGCACUCUUCGCCUUUCCCGGCCCAUCAUCACCACUCAAGCGCGCCUGUCGCCUCUAGACACGCCGCUUCAACACUGGCUACUCGCCAGCUUUUUCCCUUCAACCACACAUACGUCCUUCCUAUGACCAGAAUAUCGAACCAAAUGACCAGCAACAUCUACCAGUCUAAUCAAGACACACUUUAAACUCCACGGGAGCGCGCCGAGCGAGGAGGAAACCCUAGGAGCCGGGCGAUUUCAACCAUCGUUUUCAACAACAAGAGAGCCGCCGUGCACAUCGUUCAAGCCGUUAUACCUGGUCGUCGCCGUCGUCGUCGUCGUCGCAACAGCUGGCCCAGCCACCCGACAUAUCUUCAAAAAUCGCGACCACCAUCCGAGCCUUCAAUAUGCCUGGCGCAAGCGUCGCAGUCCUUCCGACGUCAGCAUCUUCGACGCCGGCCUCACGAAAAGCCUCACUCGCACCGGAACGCAAGUACAAGUGCCAGUUCUGCAACAGAGCCUUCAGCAGGAGUGAGCACCGCAGCAGACAUGAACGAUCCCACACCAAAGAGCGCCCCUUCAAGUGCAUGAAGUGCCGCAGCACAUUCGUCAGACGCGAUCUUCUCCUUCGUCACGAUCGUACCGUGCACGCCAAAGACGGAGGUGUUCCUCUUCACAGCGAUGGCAAGAGACGUUCAGGCCCGAAGACGAGAGCUAUCGGCGGCCCAGCCAAGACACCCAUGCUUGACCAAUCCGCGAUAGACCAGAUUGAAGCCGCUUCUCACGAUGGCACCUUCGAUCUUGAGACAGCCGCCAUGCUGGUUGCAGACUUCCAACACAAGGCCGCCGCCGGCGCACGCGCAGGAGGCAGUCCAUCGAUGCCCUACUCGCCACACGCCAUGGAUACGUCUGCCACCUACCCCUCGGGUGCCAUACCUGUUCCCCAGUGGGAGAGCUUCAUGUCUCAAUCGUCAGAAGCAAAGGCGCACUCCAUCGCAUCAUCAGCAUCUGGCUCAUUCGAGUCUCAGCAGUCUUUCAACAGCACCAACACCAUGCAACCUCGCAACGUUCAGCUUCCGCCCAUCAACGGACAGACUUGCAACGGCCUCGUUCCGGCGCUGCAGUCCAUGAUCAACUCACUGCCAAACUCCGAAGCUGGUACGCCUGUGCCGCAAAGCCCGUUCGUCACCGAGGCGACCUUGUCAACUGCUGGAUUCCGUGCCCCUCAGGUUGCGAGCGACGAUGAACGCAACCAGAUUCUCGAUAACAUCCGCGCGCAAGACACUGAGCAUGCUAUCCCCGACGGUUUCCGCCUCCCCAACCUGGCCUCCCUGAACCGAUUCUUAUCAACAUACUUUGGGCUGUUCCACCACCAUCUUCCAUUCCUGCAUCCUGCAUCCUUUGACUCGACCAAGGUGUCUCCGGCUCUGCUUCUCGCAGUGCUGAGCAUCGGUGCGCUCUAUGCGUUUGAUCAAGACCAGGCCUACAUGAUGCACAUUGGAUCCAAGGUGCUCGUCAACCAGUUCCUGCAGAACAAGGAGAACUUCAGCUCGCGCAAGUGCCCUCUGUGGACGAUGCAGGGUUCGCUUCUCAAUAUGAUUUUUGCCAGCUGGAGUGGUGACCCGAAGGGACUCGAAUGGGCAUGUUCCAUCAAGAGUCUGCUCGCCAACAUGGUUGCGGGAAACCGCUACGAGCUCAAGCUUCGUCAGGAAGCCCGCAACAGCGCUCAGCCUACCCGCAGCGAGUGGAUCGAGGAUGAAGGUUGCCGCCGCACCUACUACGCAGUUUACAUCUUCUUUGGCCUGCUCACCUUGACGUACAAUCACACACCAGCAAUUAGCUUCAACGAGUUUGAGGACUUGCAGCUCCCUUCCACCGAGGGACUCUGGAACCUCAAGGUCACGGACGAGGCCUCUUGGCACGAGCAUUUGAAGGCAUCGCCUGUGGUCACUUUCAUGGAGGCGCACGACAACCUGUUCCAGGGAGAGACACUCAGGUACAGCGCGUUUGCGUCGCGGGUAAUGAUCAACGCCCUGUUCCUCGAAGUGUGGUACCACAAGCGCAGUCCCGAGGCACUUCAGGAUGUUGUGACCGAGUACAAGCUCAGACUCGCGCUGGAGACGUGGGAGAAGUCCUGCGAGCUCUGCGAGCCUGAGAAUGUUUCAGUCCCACUGAGUGCCCCUCACAAGGGACACCCUCUCAUCUUCAAUGCCAAGGCUUUGUACCGGAACGCCAGGACUCGCUUGGAAGUUGAUCUGAAAUCAGUCCAAGAAGCGCUGCGCUACCACGAUUCCUAUGAGGUCGCGGCUGCCAUGUCAGCCGCGCGGGAUCGCGUGAAGCGCUCCAGUGAGAUGAUCAAGGUCAUUCAGGAAUGCUACAACUGUAUCGAGAUUGCCGUGGUCCAAGGCGUGCGCUGGGUUGCACGAACUUCGCCGACCAACUGGAGCGUCGAGCAUGCCUUGUGUGGUCUUGACCUUAUGAUUGUCCUCUCGCUAUGGCUCUAUCGUCUGGAACAUGACGAAGAGCCAGCUACAGAGGAGGAACUGGCCAUGUACAACAAGGUUCGACAGCUCUUCGACAAGGACCUCGACGAGGCCUAUGCUUCCCAGCUUAGCUCUGUUGUUGCCCGUCUGUGGGGCAGCAUGUUGGACGAGGUCGUGGUCUGGGGAAUCACCCGACUUAUGGGAGAAUCCUUUCGCCUGCACGCACAAGCACUCGUCGGCUACCAGGUCGAAAUGGAAGCUUCCUCGAGCGUGUCGACCCCUUCGAUGAUCUCGCAAGGGGCCGAUGAGGAUAGCGUGUACUAGUCACAAGAUGAUUGAACGAUUUCCUAUGUCUUUCCUUUCCUGAAUGGUUUUUCCUUGCGCUUCUUUUUCUCCUUGGCAUAUACCUCUUCGUCUGAUGGGUUUCGGCGUAACGGAUCUGGAGUGGUUGAUCGAACACUCCCUCUCGGUCUGAGGCUUAUUCCCCUUGACUUUGCAGGGGACAGGCGUCACAGAAGAGAGGCUUUUGAAUUUUUGGGAUGAUUAUUACGCGUAUACCGGCCUGCUCAGCUGGUCUUUUUAGUAUCUUGUUUCCUUAGCUUGGUUUUCCUUUUGAGCGUCCCAGCAUUGGACAUGGUCACGGCAACAACGGGGCAGGUAAACGGUGAAGGGUGGGGGGGGCAUUGGGUUCGGCACGGAUUCCUGGGUAAAGCAACCCUAGGAUAUUGGGAUAAUUCGGGCCCUGCUCACGCAUCCCAGAGACUGCCUCAGGGCACUGUUGGCUGGUCCAGGGUGGGCUUGGUGAUGACUGUUGCGCGUUUGUUCUAUUAGCUCAUACUAAUGUUUUGUGCUGCUGAUAUCCAUUUCAUCUUUCUCUUCUCCUUCGUCCUUUCUUCUCUGCUGAUAUUGCGUCUGCUUGUUGAUCUCUACUCUGUUCUCUCUCCUGCUUUUGUUAUGCGCCGUUUCCUAUCAUUGCUCUUUUUUCGCUUCGCUUUGCUCAGAUACCUUGUUCGAUAUACAGAUUGCAGUAUUUGCUUAUCCUGGAAUUUACGUCUACUCUGAUUUGAUCAUCUGCUGUGUAAAUUUGUCUUGGCAUGAGCGGAUUGUAUGGGAGACAGAUGCUCACAAUGGCUGGCUUGAAUGUGUACUCUUAAGACAAGAGAACCAAACAAGCUUGGCUUAAUCAGAGACGGGGGAGAAAAAGGUGUGGAGCUGGUUCUUGAGCACAAGUGUAUAAAUAAUUUCCUGUCGGUUCAGCAUAUUUAUGAAUAUCACUUCUCAUUGGCAUU